UGUACAGAAACGACCAGUUGUGUUUAUAUCUGGGUGUUAUGUGCCGGACUAUUUCUUUGGUAGGCGCAGUGACUAGAAACUCGUCGUCGCUUUGAGGUUGCCAGGCAACCAGCUAUCAACCCUGGAACUACUUCUUUUUAAAUGCUAAUAUUCAUUUUUUUAAUCACUUAUCGUGUAACAUACUGUAUAGUCGCUGCCUGAACUGGUUGUAUUUGACACAAAUGAUGUGUUGAGCGGUGUUAGGUAACAACAUGGCCGUUUAUGUAACGUUAGUUUUAAUAACCGUUAGAAGGCUGCGCACUUCUCAUUCAUAGAACCGAGUUUACAUCCGGGUAACUACGAAGCUAAACAGGAAGCAACGUUAGACAUGAAAACUCCAGGAGGUUGAAGUACGGGUCCCCGCUCACUUGUACUGCGCUUGUUUUAAAUAUAGCCACAGGGGUAGUAGAGCAGGAGGAUCAACUCACUUUAAAUUAUUUUUUAAGUGCACUGUAAUUUUUUCCAUAUGGACUUUUGACGGGUGAUAUAAAAGCCUGUGCACUCCUCUCUGAAGCGAUGAUCCUCGAUUGAUGGGAAUAAUCAGGAAUAUUGUCGCACAUUUGACUGUAAUUCGUCAAAGUUUAGUUAGAAAUCAUCACAAGAUAAUCAUGUCGAGACAACUUCAUGCAAGCAGAACAGAGGGUGUCGAUAAAAACGUUUGGGUUGAAUUCACACAACUGGCAGCAGACUAUAAAGCAGUGAACCUCGGACAAGGAUUUCCUGACUUUUCCCCUCCCAAGUUUGUCCAGGAGGCUUUCUGUAAAGCUGUGAAUGGAGGGCCCCUAAUGCACCAGUAUACCCGAGCUUUUGGCCACCCCCCUCUUGUAAAAAAUCUGGCUAAAUUCUUCAGUAGGAUUGUGGGACAUGAGAUCAAUCCAUUUGAAGACAUCCUGGUCACAGUUGGAGCUUAUCAGGCUCUCUUCUGUGCAUUUCAAGCUCUGGUUAAUGAAGGUGAUGAGGUUAUAAUUGUUGAACCGUUCUUUGACUGCUACCAGCCAAUGGUGAAGAUGGUUGGAGGGAAGGCAGUGUAUGUACCUCUGAGGCCGAAAGCUGAGGGCAAGGCCGUCCUGUCAAGUGGAGACUGGGUUCUUUCUGCAGAGGAGCUGGCCAGUAAAUUCACUCCACGCACAAAAGCCAUUGUUAUCAACACUCCCAACAACCCAUUAGGCAAGGUUUACAAGACUGAAGAGCUCCAAAUGAUCGCUGAUCUGUGCAUCAAACAUGAUGUGCUGUGCAUCAGCGACGAGGUGUACGAGUGGCUGACCUAUGAUGGAACCAAGCAUGUAAAGAUAGCCAGUCUUCCUGGGAUGUGGGAACGAACCAUCACUGUUGGCAGCGGUGGAAAGACCUUUAGUGCUACUGGCUGGAAGGUUGGCUGGGCCAUCAGCUCUGGGCAUAUCAUGAAACACAUGAAAACCAUCCAUCAGAACACUGUUUACCACUGUGCUACAGCUGCUCAGGAGGCAGUGGCUCAGGGAUUUGAAAGGGAAUAUGAGCUGUUCGGGACUCCAGAGAGCUACUUCCAGCAGCUUCCUGCGAUGCUGCACCACAAGAGGAAGAAGCUAGCUUCAUGUCUGGAGAGUGUGGGUUUGCAGCCCAUCAUGCCAGAGGGAGGAUAUUUUAUGAUCACAGACAUCUCCUCUGUCAAGGUGGACUACAAUGACCAGAGCAGUAAGGAUGAACCCAAUGACUUUAAAUUUGUUAAAUGGCUGACAAAAGAGAAGGGUUUAGCAACAAUCCCCGUCUCGGCAUUCUACAGCCCAGAGCACAGCAAGGAGUUCGACAAAUACAUCCGAUUCUGUUUUGUGAAGGAGGACGCCACUCUGGAUGCAGCAGAGGAUAUCUUGAGAAAGUGGAGUCAAGGGCAGUAAAGUAGUCCCUGAUAGGAGGCGUUACCCGUCCACUCAGACUUCACCAGGCUACUUAAAACCGCUUGGGUUACCUCAUCAGUUAAAACGAGCCAUAUUGAGUGUUUCUGUGUGUGAUUGCGUCACAGUAGUGUACUUAAAAGCCACCCCUAUGUCCACCUUCACUUUGUCCUUAUACUGCAAUUGUUAAAAUGUGAAAACACUAAAAAAUCCUUGUGAUUGUUCCUGUGCAAUGACCGUAAGCAGAAAACUGAUAAAGAAAAUAUUUUUAAAUAUUAAGAAAUAUAACCGUAUAUCUGUGCAGAUAUUUGUCUUGAAUCAAACUCACAAAAAUGUAAUAAAGCUUUUAAUAAAUCCACGUUUAAUUUUCUUUGUUAUUCUCUGUUCCUUUGUUCAAAAAUUGUAUUGAGAGCAGGGUAGAAAGGGCAGACAUGUUUUUGAUUUUUCAAAGAAUAUAACUCCCAUCCACCAAAUAAAUCCCUGUUAUUGA